AUGAACCAAAACAAGUUGGCAUCUCAAGUCGUGGAUUCACGGGUGAUUUCCAGAGGACCUGAUUUCACACCUAAGGAAGGACGAGGCGCUCCAAAAAGGCUUAUAAACAUUGGGGCGCAGCGACCACCACCCAGGAGGAUCAUCAACCUGUCUGUGCACAAUGCUGUUCAGCCGAAGAAAUCAGAGAAUGCCUGGAAAGCAGGCGCGAAGAGGGAAAGCCUCCCAGCGGAACCAGAGUCACAGAAAACACAGGACCUGUUCUAGAAGGUCCGCAGUAUCCUGAACAAGCUGACGCCUGAGAACUUCAACCAGCUGAUGAAGGAGGUGACGGACUGGACCAUCGACACGGAGGAGCGGCUCAAAGGAGUCAUUGACCUGGUGUUUGAAAAAGCCAUCGAGCCCAACUUCUCAGUGGCCUACGGGAACAUGUGCCGCUGCCUCGCCACGCUCAAAGUGCCCACAACUGACAAACCCAACAACACAGUGAACUUUCACAAGCUGCUGCUAAACCGCUGUCAGAAGGAGUUUGAGAAAGACAAGGUGGACGAUGUGGUGUUUGAGAGGAAGCAGAAGGAGCUGGACUCUGCUGCAUUGACGGAGCGUGACCGUCUUCAGCUAGAGCUGCAGGAGGCCAGGAUGGUCCGGCAGCGUUCCAUCGGCAACAUCAAGUUCAUCGGCGAACUCUUCAAGCUCAAGAUGUUUACGGAGGCCAUCAUGCAUGACUGCGUGGUCAAGCUGCUGAAGAACCACGACCAAGAGUCUUUAGAGUGUCUGUGCACACUGCUCACCACCAUCGGCAAGGACCUUGACUCUGAGAAGGCCAAGCCUCAGAUGGAUCAGUAUUUUAACCACAUGGAAAAAAUCGUCAAAGACGAGAAGACGUUGACUCGGACACGGUUCAUGUUACGGGAUAUUAUAGAACUGAGAUUGGCCCUUCGCGGCUCCAAACCCCAGAGGAGCCGCGAAGAGACUGGAAGCGAGAGGGAGCCAAGCCCCGGAGACCGAGGGUCACCGAGGACAAACCUGAGCCAGAGCUCAGUCCGAGAGCCUGUGAAACCUGAGCCUGUUGUCAUGACGAUACAGAAACCUGCUCGGUCUGAGGAGCAGAUUGACAAGAAGUCCAAGUCCAUCAUCGAGGAGUUCAGGAACAAUAAGGAUUUCGAGGAGGCUGUCAAGUGUGUGGAGGAACUUGAUCUGGGCUCUCACUUUCACAUCUUCAUACGCGUCGGGAUGGAGUUGACUCUGGAUCGCAGUCAGAUCACACGGGACCACAUGGGCCAGCUCCUCUUCCAGCUGGUGCAGAAGGGAAUCCUGCCCAAACCCCAGUUCUACAAAGGGCUUGCAGACAUGCUGGAGCUUGCGGACGACAUGGCCAUCGACAUUCCCCACAUCUGGCUGUACCUGGCCGAGCUGCUCUGCCCUGUGAAGGAGGGGGGCUUCUCUAUGAGAGAGCUCUUUAGUGAAUUAAGCAAACCUUUGCUUCCUGUGGGAAAAGCUGGGAUCUUAAUCUCUCAAAUACUGCACAUACUAUGCAAACAAAUGAAACUCCAGUUUAUUCAGGUGGGCGCCUCCAGCUCCGAGGCGACUCUGUCCGAAAGAAUCUGGUCUCCCGAGAACGGUGAGGCUGAGAUGGAGCCCAUGAGGAACGGAGCCGGCCACACCUCAGAGACGGAGAGCAGAGACAGCACACAGAAGCCCGAGGGACUCCCUGCAAUCAGUGCCGUGGUGCUAGACAAGAAACCAGAGAUAGAAUUGGACCAAACUGCAGAAGAAGAGACAACGAUCCAGGAGAAGCUGGAUGAAAGUGAGCCUGUUGUGUUGGUGGAGCCUUCGAGCUCUGCAAGGAAGACACGACAAAGGGCUCCAUCAAACCUGAGGAAGAAGACGAGUGGACUCACUCAAACGGAGCCCGUGGUUUUUGUGGGAGCUGCCUUCUGCAAAGAGUGGCCAAAGAUUUGUGUCAGUUUUGGAUUCUCUGAGGACGAAUACUCCAGCAUCCUGAAGGAGCAGCAGCAGCAGCCCCUCACCUCCAAGCACCUGGGCCCACCAGAGGUGGUGCUGGAGGUGGUGCCUAAGGUACUUCAGGGCUUCUGGCUGCCUCCUGAAGAGACCUGCCUGAACAUGCCGUCCCAGCACCUCAGUGUUCUGGCUGUUAGCCUGACCAAAGCAGUUGAGGACAUGGUCUCCAAACUUCUGCCCUCACUGCUCCGUGAAGUCAGCUUCACCCGCUCCACCAGGGACAAACUGGUCCAGUCGAUCCAGGACGGUGUUAGACAGAGCUUCACUCACCCCGUCCUGAUGGAGAAGAUCAGCUGCUUUGCAGUAGAUCUGAUGAAGUCCAUGACCACCAUCGCAAAAAAGAACAUCUGUGAGCUGUUUCAGCCACAGAUUUCAACAAAGGAGCCAAACACCGUUGCUGAAGAGGUGAAGCAGGAGCCUCAUCAGGAGUCAGCAUUCACUCUUCCUCCACCAGCUCCUCCUGUGACUCCUCCUGCUGAGCCUGCUGUGGUCCUGGAGGGUACCUCUGAGUCAGGAAGAGGACAGCGCUUCCGUAAGCUGUAA